AAAAAAUGACUAAAAGGAAGACUGUAUUAAUAUAAACAAAAAUAUUUCGGAACAGCAAAACAUUACAGAAGAAAAAAGAAAGGGAGAAGAAUGGUAAAGAAGGGAGCAAACUAAAGCUUCGUUGUACAGACUACAGGAUAGAUGUGUUUGUUGGGUGGAAAGCUGGUGGAAAACAGGAGACACAAUCUACUGGAUCCCACUAGCCAACUCCAUAAGGUGUUCUGCCUAAAACCCAACAAACCACUUGAAAUCUGUUUGAUGGACGAACAUAAAAACCACGACACUGUAACAGCUGAAGCUGAGAGGACAGAGAAACAGAAGCUUUUGUUAGAAACACAAACAAGAUUCCAGCAGAAAAAAAGAGGAGAGACAGAAGCUGCUUCAGAAGUUGAAAGAUGCUGUGAAGUCUCAUAAAGUGAAUUGUCUUCUGUUUGAGGACAUUUUUAAACCAACUGAAGUUCACUGAUUUGAUGUGAUGUGUAAGAAAUUAGUCUGCCACGACCCAACUUCCACUCUUCCAGAAAAGAGAAGUCAACAGUUUGUUGUCUCUGCAUUGUUUGAGGUGACUACAUCUCAACCAAAUGGUAACAAUUGUAGAAUGGGGAUGGGUGUGGUGCACAGAGAACCAUCUAAUCACUGGUGUUGAUACUGCAUUAAGAGAUAGAGAGAACAGCUGGGUCAACAGCCAAGGAGCAACUUGCAACUUCAUCAGCAUCUUAAAGUUGUAACAUCUAAAGUCUAAAGGCAACAUCUACAACAGUAUAAAGGUUUGAGUUUAGGAAUGUUCGGGGUUCAUUCUGACUCCAGUGAAAACAAGGUACUGCCGUGUAUUUUGAGACUGUUAUGCUGAAUAAACAUCUUCAUUGAGAUUUUCUACGUCGCCCUAAUUUCUACGAAGCUGCUCUGAAGUGACAUGACUGAUCAGAGAUCAGGAAAAGGCUGCAGUGAGUCAAGCUGAUGAACUCUUGGAGACACUAGAGCAGGAGAUUUGUGCUUUGAGGAGAGAUGCUGAAUUUAAUCAGCUUUCACAUACUGAAAAUCACAUUCAUUUU